CAGAACCUUGUGUCCAAGGAGGUCCUUCAGGAGACUUGGGAUGAGUGGUGCUUCCCCAAAACAGACUCAUGGACAUUAAACAUCAUCAGAGUGGGGCAAGAAGGCAAAGAAGAAAACAGCCUCAUACUGUGGUGCAGAGGUUCCUGAGCUGGGGGCUGCCAGUCUCCUGUAGCCGGUUCCUAUGGCGCCAGCCGGGCGAGUUUCCCGUCACUGCUUUCCUGCUGGGGGCAGGCGCUGGGGGGCUCCUGGCCAUAGGUCUCUUUCAGCUCCUGGUGAACCCCAUGAACAUCUAUGAAGAACAGAAGAUGAUGUUUUUGUACAGCUUGGUGGGCUUGGGAGCCAUGGGCUGGGGGACCUCCCCUCAUAUCCGCUGUGCUAGCCUCCUGCUAGUACCCAAGAUGCUGGGCAAGGAAGGCAGGCUCUUUGUCCUGGGAUACGCCUUGGCUGCCAUCUAUGUGGGGCCAGUGGCCAAUCUGCGGCACAAUCUCAACGACGUGAUCGCAUCGCUGGGCUGCACCGUGGAGCUGCAGAUCAACAACACCCGUGCGGCUUGGCGCGUCUCCACAGCCCCCUUACGGGCCGUGUUCAAAGACCUGCUGAGCAGCAAAGAAUUGCUGAGAGCAGAGACUCGGAACAUCUCCACCACCUUUGAGGACCUGGAUGCCCAGGUGAAGAGCGAGACAGGCUACACACCUGAGGAUGCCGUGGACUCAGGGGAGACAGCCCAGGGCAGGGAGGCCCACCAAGCCCCAGCCUCCAGCCUCCACCUGUCAACACAGAAGAUGUAUGAGCUGAAGACUAAGCUGCGUUGCUCCUGUGAGGGGUAUCCCUGGGGAAUGGAGGGUGGGGUGGGAUGCAGGGCCAGCGUUGUGGAUCAAGAUGUGGGGACCUUGCUCCUUCCUACAGAUGUGGUGAACCAGGCCAUACUCAGCUGCCGUCGUUGGUUUGACCACAAGCAUGAACAGUGCAUGAAGCACAUCUGGGUCCCACUCCUCACCCACCUGCUCUGCCUGCCUAUGAAGUUCAAGUUCUUCUGUGGCAUUGCCAAGGUGAUGGAGGUUUGGUGCCGCAAUCGCAUCCCAGUGGAAGGCAACUUUGGGCAGACCUACGACACCCUCAACCAGUCUAUUCGUGACCUGGAUGGGGAAUUUUCAGCCAAUAUUGACUUCAAGGAAGAGAAGCAGGCUGGGGUGCUGGGACUCAACGCGAGCUGGGAGCGAGUGAGCACUGAGGUGCGGGACUACGUGCACCGCCAAGAGGCCCGGCUGGAGUGGGCCCUGGGGCUGCUGCACGUGCUGCUCUCCUGCACUUUCCUGCUGGUCCUGCACACGUCUUUCUCCUACAUGGACAGCUAUAACCGUGACAUUCGUUUUGACAACAUCUACAUCAGCACCUACUUCUGCCAGAUCGAUGACCGCAGGAAGAAGCUGGGCAAACGGACUCUGCUGCCACUCCGCAAAGCUGAGGAGAAAACCGUCAUCUUCCCCUGCAAGCCCACCAUCCAGGCCUCAGAAAUGAGCAACAUGGUGAGGGAGCUCCUGGAGACACUGCCCAUUCUGCUGCUGCUGGGGGUGCUCUGCGGCUUGGACUGGGCUCUCUACUCCAUCUUCGACACCAUCCGCCACCACUCCUUCCUGCAGUACUCCUUCCGCAGCAGUCAUAAACUGGAGGUGAAGGUCGGGGGAGACUCCAUGCUAGCCCGGCUUCUUCGAAAAACCAUUGGGGCCCUAAACACCUCCUCAGAGACAGUGAUGGAAUCAAACAACAUGCCCUGCCUGCCCCAGCCUGUGGGCCUGGAUGCCAGGGCCUACUGGAGAGCUGCACUACCAAUUGGCCUGUUAGUGUGUCUCUGCCUGUUACAGGCUUUUGGCUACCGACUCCGGAGGGUCAUCGCAGCCUUCUACUUCCCCAAGCGAGAGAAGAAGCGGAUCCUGUUCCUCUACAAUGACCUACUGAGGAAGAGAGCAGCCUUCACCAAACUCAGAAGGGCCGCUAUCCUGAGACGGGCGCGACAGCAGAAGGCUCCACGCCACCCGCUGGCGGAUAUCCUGCACCGCGGCUGCCCGCUCCUGCGCCGCUGGCUGCGCCGGCGCUGCGUGGUGUGCCAGGCACCCAAGACGCCCGAGUCCUACGUGUGCCCGACGCUGGACUGCGAGGCCGUGUACUGCUGGUCGUGCUGGGACGACAUGCGGCAGCGGUGCCCGGUCUGCACGCCCCGCGAGGAGCUCUCCUCCUCCGCCUUUAGUGACAGCAACGACGACACUGCCUACGCGGGGUGAAGAGGCGGCCUACGCGGGGUGAAGAGGCGUCCUUCCCGGUUAAUAAAAUGCCCUGUACGCUU